AUGGCAAGAAUUAUUGACUACAUGCCGAUUGCUUGGAGAGUUUAUGACCGUGUUCGUGGUAUUGCCUUAUCAAGAGACAGAUUCCAGUUUGUGUUCCAGAGAGAGAAAGAUCUGGUGAGGGUCCUCAAAGACAGACCGUGGUCGUAUAACCACUGGGCAAUGACGUUGGAACGUUGGACGUCGUCUCCUCCGGAGAAGUUCUUGCAAACUAUGGAGCUCUGGAUCAGGAUCCGACACAUCCCUCUGGUGUAUUUCACAGUGGAUACAAUGUUCACUUUAGCCUCUGAAGUUGGUAAGCCGACGAAAGCAACUCGUCAACUCAAUGUCCCAUCUGGUGGUGCUGUUACCAUUGAAUUUGAGUAUGAAAAGAUUCAUAAGAGGUGCUUCCAUUGCCUUAGGCUCACACAUGAGAAGAUAAGAUGUCCCUUACUCAGGAGAGGUUCAUUAAAAGAGAAACAACAAGCUUCAGAAUCUCACUCCGGGGAGAAAACGCAUCAAAAUGCUGGCUCUGCUCCACCAAAGGCUAAUCCCUCGUGCAAACUCCUAGAGGGUCCUCCGGGCUUCCCCCCUCUCUUUCCUGAAUUGUCAAAGGAGGAACAAAAAAUGGCUAUGCUCUACAUAUCUCACGCUGAUGAUACAGAGAGGAGAGCUCGGAUUGAGAGAGUCAGGCAGGGUAUAGAAGCCAACGCUGCGGAUUCUACUUUGCGCAUAACAAAGAUCACAAAUGAGCUCAAUAAAGGCAAAGGCCAUGUGUUUGACUACCCGAGUUUCACUGAACGUUCCCAUAGUUGUAAGCAAGCCAGAAAGGGUAUCUCAUCUGACUGCAGAAGUAAAAGUGAUCAGCUGGAGGAAGAAGCAGAAUCAUCAGCAACAAAUGGUGGUGUCUUCUCUGCCCCUGUUUUGGCUAGUACGGAUUUUCAGGUAGGCCCUUCGUCUGGAGGGCGAGUAUCAGCUAUCACAAAUGGAAAGAAGAGCCAGAGGAAAAGACCCCCAGUAUGGAAGAGAAGAAAUGGUCUGAGGCAACAUGGUGCACCUCUUGCGUCAACUGCGCAUGUUCCAACUCCACAACUGAGUAUGAAAAGGAAGUCUUUUCCACCUCCAUCUUCGUCGGACCUCAAAACCUUGAAAAUCACAGAACCUUCGGUGGCUUCCGUAUUGAAGCCGCUGUCUCCACAAUGA